AUCCUCCGUCAUAAUGCCGGACGCCAGUCAUUCCGAGACCUAUAAAUCUAAUCUUGUACCAGUUACGUUUAAAUGGUCGCAAUGGGGAUCAAACGUGCAGGUAGCCGGAAGUUUUGACUCCCCUUAUACACCAUGGAAUCCAAUUUCGAUGACCAAAUCAGAUGGUUCAUCCGAUUUUGUUGUUACUCUUGAUUUAAAGCCAAACGCAACUUAUUACUAUAAAUUUGUUGUUGAUGGGCAAUGGGUUUUGGAUAAUAACGUACCUAGCCAUCCUGAUUCUAGCGGGAAUUACAAUCACGAGGUUGAAGUGGCUUCACCAUCUCCGACUUCAGCAAAGUGUGAUGAUGAAUUGGAAGAUGGCAAUGACAAUAAUGAUAAUAUAGCUAAUGAAAAAAACAUAGAACAAGAUACUACUCAU